AUGCCUUCACCCUACUGGGACAGAAUUUUGGCUGGAGACUGUUGUGUAGUGACUGUGGCCCUUUGGGUGCUGUGCAUUUGGCAGCUCCUCAGGUUCAAAGCAGGUAAUUUCUGUGCCUACAGUACUGAGACAGUGAGCAUUUUUGAAAAAUAUAAAAACCUUACUUUUGAACAGAUGAUAGUGGGUAAAUAUGGCCACUCCUAAAAGGAAUGUGCACCUGAUACUGUGACUGGUAAUGCUUCAAUAGAAAUCCGGAUGUGCUCCAGAGAAAGGAAAUUUCCUACUUUAAAGCCUCCCCAAAUUCUGAAUUGUAAUGAAAAUCUGGACUCCUUACCAUCACAGGUGGAAACUGUGAGCUCCAGGGAGGUUUCAGUUAUUGCAAGUAACACUCAAAUCCUCACCUCCAUGACAGGCCAACUGACCUGACAGAAGAUCGCUGCGCAGAUUAUGAAAAAGCCAAAUGUUUCAGAAGACUUUCAGGCAUCUGUGGCAGUAACAGAAUUCAUCCACAAUAAUCUUGUCAGUGCUACAACCAGCCUCAUGAGAGCAAUGGAGGAAUUUUCUUUCACUGGUAACAUCUCACAGCCCAAUGCUGCAAUCCAGUCUGCUCCACUGAAAUUAAGCUCCUCUGUGAUUCUGUUUUUGGCACAGAGAAAUACAGCACUGGGAAAGUAUCAGUCAACAGAACCAGAAAUACAGGAAAAUGCUCCUGGGCUUACUGGUGACCUCAGUACUGAAGUUCAGAUACUGUUCAACAUUUUAAGUGUAAUCACCACUAAUUUUGCUGUUCUGAUGGCAUUUUGGAUAAAAUAUAAAUAUGAAAAGCUUUUGGAUUGUAUUUCUUAUAUUGGUGCUGGAUUGUCCAUGGCUGAUCUGGUUAUUAUUAUUAUCAUUUUGUUUCAAAUACUCACUAUGAAAACUCAAAACUUAUCUGUAAAGUGGAUGUUAGUGAGUCUCUGCUUUUCUAUGGUCGUUUUUAACAUCAUCUUCAUCUCUGGAAUUGAAAACCAAACUUUCAGAAAGUGCAGCAACGGUACCACCAGAUGCUACCAGCAAUACCUUCCUUAUGAUGCCACCAGCAACCUUACCUCUGACAGGGUGGAUACUCCCACAGACUCCUGGUGCACAGCUGUGGCUGUCCUCCUGCACUAUUUCUUGUUGGCAGCAUUCCUGUGGUCAGCACUCAGCUCUGCACUGCUGUGCUUAUUGCUGCUCAGAGCCACAAAGCCACUGCCUGGAUGUUUCCUUGUAACCAUGUCAUUAAUCAGAUGGGAGGCAAUUCCUUGGAAACAUUUGGAAUUUGGACUGCACAUGCAAACUAGAAAAAGUGCAGCAAAUGCUGCCUGGCUACGUGGCACUGUGAUCCCUCCCUAUGCAUUCCUGCCACAGUAUGCAAUAACACUUGCAGCUACUGACAGAGAAUGAAAAGCUCUAAACUACCGACAGGAAGAAUUGAAUAAAAAGGAUUCAUUAAUGAAAAAUAUGAUCAGCACUAUCUCUAUAGUGGCAGUGCUUGGGAUCACCUGGAUGAUUGGUUACCUCAUGUUAAUAAGCAAUGAAAAAACAAGUCUUGCUUUCAGCUUUCAGUUUUGUGUUCUCAAUGUUACCCAGGAACUCCAGAUCUGCAUUCUGUUCACUUUCAGAACACCUCUCUUCAAGACAAAAGUUUUCAAAGUUUCCAUUUUCCAUGUACCACUGUAUCUGCAUUAAAAAACAUAAAAUAUUUCAAAAUCACAGCCUGAAAAACAUUCAGAGGAAACUUUCAGAUCAACCCAGACUUUUUCAGACAAUAUUUCCUUGUCUACCUUCCCUAACCAGAACUGGAAACCUUUGGUUCUUUCACUGUGCAGAGCUGGACCAAUUGCCGCCUCCUGGCUGAUAGCCAGCGUUGAUCGAAUCCCGGGAAGUCGCGUAUUCACAUGUAUCUUUCUGGCGACUUUGGCUAUCUUGAUCAAUGCUAUCAACAGGGCGAUCGCUCUUAGGCGGUUUCCGAUUGACUUGGGACACCGGUGA